GUUUCAUGCCAGUAGAGGGGCGGAAAGCUGGUGCUGCAUUCACAGGGCGGGUUUACGGCUCGGUUGUAGGAUUUCAUUGGAGUUAUCCUUCGCUAAAAAACAUCUUCUCGCACCUGGUUGGUCUCCUGGCAGGAAGCGCUGUUCCUGGGCUGAAGCCGCCGCCUUGCCCUCACUGCUCUCUGUCUAUUUUAUUCCCACCGAGAAGUGUGUGCGGCUCUACGGAGAGAGCGGUGCAAUGAUAAAAGCCGCAUAUGCGGUAGGCUACACACCUAUCAGGCAGAAAAAUAUCCAAGAAACAGCCUCAUCCCGGUUCUCCUCGCACCGCAGCCUUAUCCACGACUCAGAGCGGAACCUGAAGUGCCAGUAGUACCAUGUCCAGGCCAACGGGGGGCGGUGCCAACGAUGUCACCCGCUUCCUGUCAUCGGGAGCGGGGCCAGGGUCUCCCACCACCAACUCCGCUGUGUUCACUGCUGCCAGCCAAGCCGACUGGGCGGCCAAGAGACUAGUGUGGGUGCCAUCGGAGAAGCAUGGCUUUGAGUCGGCCAGUAUUCGAGAGGAGCGUGGCGAUGAGGUGGAGGUGGAGCUGACAGACAGCCAGAGGCGGGUGACUCUGUCCAGGGAGGAGGUGCAGCGAAUGAACCCCCCGCGCUUCAGUAAAGUGGAGGACAUGGCCGACCUCACCUGCCUCAAUGAAGCCUCUGUGCUGCACAACCUGAGAGAGAGAUACUACUCCGGCUUGAUCUAUACGUAUUCAGGGCUGUUCUGUGUUGUGGUGAACCCUUACAAGAACCUGCCCAUCUACACAGAGUCCAUCGUGGAGAUGUAUCGAGGCAAAAAACGCCACGAGAUGCCCCCGCACAUCUACGCCAUAUCAGAGGCCGCCUAUCGCAGCAUGCUGCAAGACAGAGAAGAUCAGUCAAUCCUCUGCACAGGUGAGUCUGGAGCAGGGAAAACGGAGAAUACUAAGAAAGUCAUACAGUACUUGGCUCACGUUGCCUCCUCUCAUAAGAGUGGCACUCUGGGCAGGAACAAGGAAGCUUUACAGAUGGACGGCUCUAGGUCCUUAACCAGAGGCAGCUCUAUGGUGAUCAGGAGUGUACAAUAUGGCGAGCUUGAGAGACAGCUGCUGCAGGCCAACCCCAUACUGGAAGCCUUUGGCAACGCAAAGACUGUCAAGAAUGACAAUUCCUCCAGAUUUGGUAAAUUCAUCCGUAUUAAUUUUGACGUGGCAGGGUACAUCGUUGGUGCCAACAUUGAAACCUACCUCCUGGAAAAGUCCCGGGCCACCCGUCAGGCCAAAGAUGAGAGGACGUUCCACAUCUUUUACCAGAUGUUGUGUGGAGCUUCAGAGGACACAAGAGCGGACCUGCUCUUAGGAACUGCUGAUGAAUACCGCUUUCUCAGUGGAGGCUCCAUACCAGUUCCCGGUCAGAGCGAUUCAGAAAACUUCACCCAGACUAUGGACUCUAUGGCUAUAAUGGGCUUCAACCCGGAGGAGCUGCUAUCCAUGCUGAAGGUGAUCUCUUCUGUGCUCCAGUUUGGGAAUAUUUCCUUCACAAAGGAGAAGAACCAAGACCAGGCAUCCAUGCCUGAUAACACAGCUGCUCAGAAACUGUGCCAUCUGCUGGGCAUCAACGUGUUGGAGUUCACCCGCGCCAUACUCACCCCGAGGAUCAAAGUGGGUCGAGAGUAUGUGCAGAAGGCCCAGACUAAAGAACAGGCUGACUUCGCUGUGGAGGCCUUGGCUAAGGCCACAUAUGAGCGUCUGUUCAGAUGGUUGGUGCACAGGAUCAACAGAGCUCUGGACCGCAGACAGAGACAGGGAGCCUCAUUCAUUGGCAUCCUAGAUAUUGCUGGAUUUGAGAUCUUUCAGCUCAACUCCUUUGAGCAGCUGUGUAUCAACUACACCAACGAGAAACUGCAGCAGCUCUUCAACCACACCAUGUUCAUCCUGGAGCAGGAGGAAUACCAGCGGGAGGGCAUCGAGUGGAACUUUAUUGACUUCGGCCUGGACUUGCAGCCCUGCAUUGACCUCAUCGAAAGACCAGCCCACCCACCUGGUGUUCUGGCCCUGCUGGAUGAGGAGUGCUGGUUCCCUCGAGCAACAGACCGCUCGUUUGUGGACAAGCUCUCUGGAGAGCAAGGCAGCCAUCCAAAAUUCUUCAAAUCAAAGCAGCCACGCGGGGAGGCUGACUUCUCCAUCAUUCACUAUGCUGGCAAGGUGGACUACAAGGCUGAUGACUGGCUAGUAAAAAACAUGGAUCCUCUGAACGACAACGUGGCAUCUCUUCUCCACCAGUCGUCUGAUCAUUUUGUCUCAGAGCUCUGGAAGGAGGUGGACAGGAUUGUGGGUCUGGACCAGGUUUCAUCAGGAGAGAACAGCGGGUCGGUCACGUUCGGAGCAGCAGGACUGAAGACAAAGAAGGGAAUGUUCAGGACUGUUGGUCAACUCUACAAGGAGUCCCUUGCCAAGCUGAUGGCCACGCUGAGGAACACCAACCCCAACUUCCUGCGCUGCAUCAUCCCCAACCACGAGAAGAGGGCCGGUAAGCUGUCACCCCACCUCGUUUUAGACCAGCUGAGGUGUAACGGAGUUCUUGAGGGGAUCCGUAUCUGCAGACAAGGCUUCCCUAACCGCAUCCCAUUCCAGGAGUUCAGACAGAGAUAUGAGAUCCUGACUCCUAAUGCUAUUCCUCGCACCUUCAUGGAUGGCAAACAGGCAUCAGAACUCAUGAUCAGUGCUUUGGAACUGGAUCACAACCUGUUCAGAGUAGGUCAGAGUAAAGUCUUCUUCAGAGCUGGAGUCCUGGCUCACCUGGAAGAGGAGAGAGACCUAAAGAUCACAGACACCAUCAUACGUUUUCAGAGCGCCUCCAGAGGCUACCUUGCACGAAAAGCCUUUAUGAAGAAGCAGCAGCAGCUGAGUGCUAUGAGGGUGAUGCAGAGGAACUGUGCUGCUUACCUCAAACUCAGAAACUGGCAGUGGUGGCGACUUUUCACUAAGGUGAAGCCCCUGCUGCAGGUGACGAGGCAGGAUGAGGAGAUCCAGGUCAGGGAGGCAGAGCUCCAGAAGGCCAAGGACAAACUCACCCGAGUGGAGCAGGACUUCUUUGAGCUGGACAAGAAACACGUUCAGCUCCUAGAGGAGAAGGCAGUGCUGGCUGACCAGCUGCAGGCCGAGGCAGAACUGUUUGCGGAGGCAGAGGAGAUGAGGGCCAGGUUGGCCAAUCGGAAGCAGGAGCUUGAGGAGGUGCUGGGCGAGCUGGAGAGUCGAUUGGAAGAAGAGGAGGAGAGGGGUGUCCAGCUGACCAAUGAGAAGAAGAGGAUGCAGCAAAAUAUACAGGACCUGGAGGAGCAGUUAGAGGAAGAGGAAAGUGCCAGACAGCGCCUCCUGCUGGAGAAAGUUAGCUUGGAGACCAAAGUGAAAAGUCUGGAAACUGACCUGCUGAGUGCAGUGGAGCAGAGAGACCGAUUUAGCAAGGAGAAGAAACAGCUUGAGGAGCGUCUGAGUGAGGUGACGGACCAGCUAACUGAGGAAGAAGAGAAAACCAAAAGUCUCAACAAACUCAAGAACAAGCAGGAGGCUGUCAUCGCAGACCUAGAGGAGCGCUUGAAGCGUGAGGAGCAGGGUCGUUUGGAGCAGGAGAAGUGGAGGAGGAGGAUGGAGAACGAGUCGGUGGAGGCACAAGAGCAGCUGUCAGACUUGGGCAUGCUGUCCGCAGAGCUGAGGGGCAGUCUGGCUCAGAAGGAAAAGGAAAUCACCACCCUGCAGGGCCGGUUGGAGGAAGAGGGAGCACGCCGAGCAGAAGCUCAGAGGGCUCUGAGGGAGGCCAUGUCCCAGGUAUCUGAGCUGAAGGAGGAAGUGGAUAAUGAACGAGGGAUGAGAGAAAGGGCAGAGAAACAAAGGCGAGACCUGGGGGAGGAGCUGGAGGCUUUGAGGACCGAGCUGGAGGACACUCUGGACACCACAGCUGCCCAGCAGGAACUAAGGUCUCGUCGAGAGGCGGAGUUAAGCGAGCUCCAGCGGUGUGUUGAAGAGGAGACUCGCCGCCAUGAGGUCCAGCUAUCAGAGCUCAGAGUCAAACACAGCGCUGCCAUAGACAGUCUCCAGGAACAGCUGGACAACAGCAAGAGAGCACGUCAGUCCCUGGAGAAGGCCAAGGUGGUGCUGGAGGAGGAGAGGCAGAAUUUGACCUCAGAACUCAAGAGCCUCCAAACGAGCCGUACGGAGACGGAGCGAGGCCGUAAGAGGGCCGAGGGUCAGCUGCAGGAGCUCAGCGCCCGCCUGGCUCAGGCUGACAGAGAGAGGGAGGAGAGAGAGGAAAGAGUGCACAAGCUACAGUGUGAGAUUGAGUCCCUCUCCGGCAAUUUGUCCUCCGCUGACACCAAAUCUCUCCGUCUCUCUAAAGAGGUCAGCAGCCUGGAGAGCCAGCUGCAUGACGCACAGGAAUUGCUGCAGGAGGAGACUCGCCAGAAGCUGGCUCUGGGCUCGAGGGUGCGAGCGCUGGAGGAGGAGAGGAACGGACUGAUGGAGAGAGUCGAGGAGGAAGAGGAAAGAGCCAAAGAGUUGACCCGGCAGAUCCAGACUCACACUCAGCAGCUGGCUGAAUUGCGUAAGCAGUCGGAGGAGGUGAACACCGCAGUGGAGGCUGGAGAGGAGACCCGUAGGAAACUCCAGAGAGAGUUGGACAGCGCCAUCCAGAGGGAGCGACAGAAGGAGGAGGAGAAAGAGAGAGUGGAGAGGCAGAGGGAGAGACUGAGGGAGGAGAUAGAGGACAUGACGCUGGCCCUGCAGAGAGAGCGGCAGAACUGCACGGCACUGGAGAAGAGGCAGAAGAAGUUCGACCAGUGUCUGGCAGAGGAGAAGGCAGUGAGCGCUCGGCUGGCGGAAGAGAGAGACAGAGCAGAAGCAGACAGCAGAGAGAAGGAGACACGAUAUCUGGCAUUAUCCCGAGCCCUGCAGGAGGCCCAAGAUCAGAGAGAGGAGCUAGAAAGGGCCAACAAGCAGCUCCGUCUGGAAAUGGAACAGCUUGUAAACCAGCAGGACGAUGUCGGCAAGAACGUCCAUGAGCUGGAGCGGACCCGGAGGGCUCUCGAAACGGAAGCCCAGAACCUGCGAGUUCAGACCCAGGAGCUGGAGGAAGAGCUCACGGAGGCGGAGAACUCGAGGCUGAGGCUGGAGGUCAACCUGCAGGCACUCAAGGCUCAGUUUGAGAGGGAGAUCAGCACCAGCGAGGAGAAGGGAGAGGAGAAGAGGAGGGCGCUCAGCAAACAGGUGAGGGAGCUGGAGAUCCAGUUGGAGGAGGAGAGGAGUCAGCGGUCUCAGGCCGUGUCGUCCAAGAAGCAGCUGGAAGCGGAGCUGCAGGAAGCUGAGGCCCAGGUGGAGACAUCCACCCGUGGCAAAGAAGAGGCAGUGAAGCAGCUACGGAGGCUGCAGGGUCAAAUGAAGGAAAUCCUUCGAGAACUAGAUGAGACCAAGUUGGCUCGGGACGAGGUGAUCGCCCAAUCAAAAGACAGCGAGAAGAAAAUCCAAACCCUGGAGGCAGAGGUGCUGCAAUUCACUGAGGAGCUGUCUGUAUCUGAGAGGCAGAGGAGACAGGCUCAGCAGGAGAGAGACGAGAUGGCAGACGAGAUGGUCAACAGCAGUUCUGGAAAGACGGCACUAUUUGAAGAGAAGCGGAGGUUAGAGUCACGAGUCAGUCAGCUGGAAGAGGACCUGGAGGAGGAGCAGACUAACUCUGAGUUGCUGGCAGAGAGACAAAGAAAGACGGCUCUACAGGUGGAGACUCUGACCGUGCAGCUGCAGGGAGAGAGGACUCUGGCCCAGAAAGCAGAGGCAGCUCGGGAGCAGCUGGAGAGGCAGAACAAGGAGCUGAAGAGUCGGCUUGGGGAGCUGGAGGGAGCCGUGAGGGGCAAACACCGGCUCAGCGUCGCCGCCCUGGAGGCCAAGAUAGAAUCAAUGGAGGAGCAGCUGGAGCAGGAGAGACAGGAACGAGCUAUCGCCAACAAACUGGUGCGGAAGACAGAGAAGAAACUGAAGGAGGUGAUGAUGCAGGCAGAAGACGAGAGGAGGCACGCAGACCAAUACAGAGAGCAGCUGGAUAAGUCUAUGGUCCGACUGAAGCAGCUGAAGAGGCAGCUGGAGGAGGUGGAGGAGGAGAACUCUCGCUCCAACGCCCAGAAGAGGAAGCUGCAGAGAGAGCUGGAGGAGCUCAGCGACAGCAGUCAGAGCAUGACACGGGAGAUCACCACUCUCCGCAGCCAGCUCAGCAUCCCUGAAUGGAGAGCAGAUAAGCGUGCUCCGUUGCCCCUGGCGAUGCGCGGACGCAGAGCGCUGGUGGACGACCUCUCAUUGGAGAACUCGGACUCAGAGGAGCCCCCCGCCUCGCCAACCCCCUCCUCUGGACUCCCAGGGACUCCGACUCCCUCCUCAGAACACAGCCUGGAUCCUCCGCCGCCCUACAGCGUCAACAACACAGAGUGACACACACACAUAGACUCAAACACAUAAUAGACACACAAACACACACACAAAACACUAAAACGCAUCGGCCUCUCGCAGCCUUGGCUUCUCAGGGGUGAAGGAGCGACAUGCACACAGCACAUAACAGAACACUGUAGUUUAUAAAUGUCAUGUAGGAACAUCAGGCGCUAUAAAAACAACCUCACUUAAUGCUCUUUAAGAUUUUGCCUCGUUUUUUCUGAACAAGAACAGAAAACGUGUAAAAAUGAGAUUUUACAAAGAGGCGACUGCAAUUGAUUUUUAUUUUGUAACAAACUGGGACAUAAAAAGCGACAUAACGAGGACUGGAAAUUUCUACAUAACACCUCUGUAAUGCAUUUCUGAGGAACUAAUUAAUUAUUAUCAACAAAGUCGUUUAUCUGAUUUCACGAUGCUGUACAGCUUAGAGAGCAGAAACAAUACGGUGGCCAUGUCUUUUACAUUAGGAGGUAUUUCAAAACUAAGCCAUGUUUAACCCUUUGAUGAAGAUUGAAUAUACACACAAUCUAAUUUCACAAAGGGCUGAUGGAGAGGUGAAAAUACUUCUGAAAGGUGUUAAGACAAUCUAUAUAUACAUGAUAUAUUAAAUAGUCAACAAGAGGAGAAGAAGAAGUCAAAUACACACAUGUGGAACAGGGAGUUUCAUCUUCUCUGUGUGUGUGUGUCUUAAGUGCAAAUGUGAUUUUUCUGACAUCUUCAUGUGUCAGUUAACUUUUUAAAACCACAAAGAAAACUUGAAGUUAGAGAAACGGCAAUUAGUAACCGAUAUUUAGUCAAACCUUUAUUGGAAAUGGUUAAUAAAGGAUUGAAAAGCAUUACACUAAGUUCCGUAACAUAUUGAUCUCAUUUUCAUAUCAUUUGUCACAAUAGUAGUGACACAUUUGACCAUAAAAAGCAGCCUAACGUGCAGUAACACUCGCUGCAUUAAGGCUGUAUUAAAUAGAUAAAUCCUUUUUCUAUAGAUUAGAAACGGUAUGUUGUUAGAUAAUGCAGUAGGUAGUAUUAGAUAGUUUCUUCAACUAAAGUCUUAACAUAUUGCUUCAGAAAUUUGUAUAAUUUAUAUCAAUCUCAAUAUGAGCUUAAGUUAUUGAUUGCUGGUUGUUUUACUGUACAACUCAGUCUUGUGGGGAAGUGUUUUUGUCUGAUUAUUUCUGAUACUGCUGGCACUGAUGUCAGGCUGAAGUGGGUUACAAAGAUUUGUUCGAGUCAGAGUUGCAGCAUCGGGUCUUAAAAGUGAAUCUGCAUGGAAGACCUUUCUGGUGAAUAACUGGUUUGAUUGGUUAAGGUUAUUGCUGGUGUAGAAAAGAAGUAAAUAUAUGGAUUUUCUACCGCAGCAAAAUAACUUAAACUCUAGACAUAACCUGUGGAGAACUGUAUUAAUUCAUCUUUUUAUCCAAAGCAGAAAAAAAUGUGACAAUGGAUCUUUUUUUUUCUUCUUUUAGACUGAUAAACACAUCACAUUUUAUUUUAACAAGCAUCUUGUACAUUGUAAUUUUGAUUUUUACUGAUUAACUGUGUAAAUUAUCGAUCAAACAAAGCUUUUUUUUUUUUGUUUAACCAAAUGGUGGGCGUAUGGAUGAGAAAAAGGGACUUAAAUUUGUAGUAAACGUAGAGUAGGUAUAGGAUAGAGUAGAUGACAGGAGUAGAGUCCGGUUAGGUGUUUCCUCAGUAGAAAAAUCUCUGCUCACAGUUCCUGUGUAGAAGAUUGUAGAAUAACUGAGCACGAAACUCAGAGCGUUUUCAGAAACUAGUAGUAGUAGAUAAAAAAUGACAAUUGAGGCACUGAGGAAUGAAUUUUUAUGUAUUUAAGUAAACGCAAGUAGAAGAUAAAGUAGAAUUUUUUUUACCCUUGCUAUUGAAACUCAAAGUGACAUACAGUACACGUGUGGGUUACGUCAACCAAACAGGCAGUUUGAUGAUCUUGCUGUGUUUGUGAAGCCUGGUUUUAAAGAUGUUUUUUCUUUACUCAGUCUCUAUUUUUUUUUCCUAGCAUGUUUUAUUUAUUGUUUAACAGAUGGAGGUCUUUUUCAAAAUGUUCUUCUUGUUCAUGACCUUCUUCAGCACCUGCCCAGCUGUCACAGUUUUAAGUCUGUCAGUUUUAAACCAAUGUGAUGUCUGCUUUUUGAUGUAGACACAAAGAGCAAUGUCUUAACAAACUUGGACACGAUGCUUAAAGGAAAAGUUUGACAUUUUGGGAAAUACACUUAAUUGCGUUCCUGCUGCAAGUUCGAUUAAAACUGACACCUCUCUCACAUCUGAAAGCUAUAUAUGAAGCUAAAGCCAGCAGCAGGUUAGCUUAGCUUAGCAUAAAGGCUGGAAACAAGGGGAAACUGCUAGCAUGCCUCUGUCUCAAGGUAACAAAAUCCAUCUACCAGCACCUGUAAAGCUCAUGUUAUAUCUUGUUUGUUACAUUUGCACACAAACCAGUGUAAAAACAAGUUGUGAGUUAUGAAGUUAGUGAGUUUGUUAGCUGUUAGCUGUGCUAAGCUGAGCUAACCAGCUGCUAGUUUAGCCUACAGACAGUAUCGAUCUUCUCCUCUCUCUCUCUCGGUAAGAAAGCGAAUAAACGUGUUUCCCAAAAUGUUGAACUAUUCAUUUAAAUUAGAAAGAAUGUCACAGGCGCUUUGAGUUUCAGAAAUGAGAUGAAAAUUGUGUAGCUGAAAACACAAAUGUUCUGAAUGUUUUCUUUUUAUUCUGCAUAUAUAUAAAUAUAUAUACUAUAUGUCAAAUGAUUAAUGAUCCUGUUGGUGUGUACCGUUGAUUACGCACUGGACCAGUACAGUAGUUUUCGGUAAUCAGGGUCGUCAUUACUGCUCCCUCUUCUUCCUUCAGUUUUAAGUUAACAGGUUGUAUAUUUUAAUGAAGCAGCAAAGCAAAGCUGACAUCUGCACUGACAAAACAACAGCGUGUACAGUACUUAACAGGCCUAACGUCCAUUUGUGUAUCCAUAUUUUCAGACAUGUUUUUUUUUUCGCCAUGCCAGGUUCACCAUGAUUCACAGUUAGUGACAGGUGAAGAAAGAUCAAAGAUUUGACUACUGACGACAUAUAUUUAAUGCCCUAUUAAAGGGUUUUGUUUUUGUUUUUGUUUUUUAUUUUCUGUAUGUAUGUUUCUUUUUAUUUUAGCAAUAUGCAAAGGAUUUUGUUUGAAUCUGUGUUUUUUAAGAUAUUGUGUAAAUGCUGCACUUUACACACAACCAGUGGGGAUAAACUCAGCCGGACACUGUCAGUACAUAACGUCUGCUGUGACAGGUUAUAAUUUAUCUGAAAGAGGCCGACAUAGCAUUAAGCCAAAUGAGCUGACAUCACGUGUCAUCACGACACAAUCUGUCACUCUGAACUCUUCACCUAAAUGUUGUAAUCUCAAAAUGUCAUAUCAACGUCUAAAUGUGGCGAGUUCGUUCACGCCUUGAUAGACCAAAAUCUAACGACACAUGGAUUGAACUGCUUCAAGGAGAACAGACGAGCUCUGCUUUCCUGUAGCAAGAGACCAGGCCGGUGCUUCUCAAAGGUGUUAUUUUCCUCUCUGUGUUUGUUUAUGGCUACUGUGGAACUUGAAACAUUUUUGGAAAUGUGUUUUAUUGUUUUAGCCUUUUUUUUUCUUUGUUAAUGAUGCUGGAAUUAUAAAACAUCUGACUGGGGUUAACUUUAAUAUAUGUCGUUGGUUUUGAA